GAAAUUCCACAAUGGGGUUUGAAUGAAUUUUUAAUGUCCGUGUUUCAUUCCGGUGCAGGAGGCUGCAAUGCUGCAAACCUGGUCCGGCAUCUGUAGAUUGGAGAACGCAAUGCUGGUUUUCGUGCGUUUAAAAGUAUUUAUAUGUUUGUACUGGGGUGGUGUGUUUCUCUUAUUAGCAGGUCUGCACCAGACUGAAGCAGCUAGCACAGAGAUGGCCAAUCUCAACUGGAAACCGUUUAUCUACGGAGGGAUGGCCUCCAUCGUCGCAGAGUUUGGUACCUUCCCCAUCGACCUGACGAAGACCCGGCUGCAGGUGCAGGGCCAGAGCCAGUGCAUGGAGGUGAGGUACCGGGGGAUGUUCCACGCCCUGCUCCGCAUCGGCCAGGAGGAGGGGGUUCGGGCGCUGUACUCGGGGAUUUCUCCAGCCCUCCUACGGCAGGCUUCCUACGGCACCAUCAAGAUCGGCACCUACAACACGCUGAAGAAGCUGUUCGUCAGCCACCCGGAAGAUGAGACCAUGGUCAUCAACGUCUUCUGUGGGGUUCUGUCUGGAGUCUUAUCGUCCUCCUUGGCCAACCCAACCGAUGUCCUAAAGAUCCGCAUGCAGGCCCAGGGCAGCCUGCUCCAGGGCAGCAUGAUGGCCAACUUCAUAAACAUCUACCAGCAGGAGGGGACGCGUGGGCUGUGGAGGGGUGUGAUCCCCACAGCACAAAGGGCAGCUAUCGUGGUGGGCGUCGAGCUUCCUGUCUAUGACAUCACCAAGAAGCACCUGAUCCUCUCAGGCCUCAUGGGAGACACCAUAUACACACAUUUCGUUUCCAGUUUUGCGUGUGGCCUGGCGGGGGCGCUAGCCUCAAACCCAGUGGACGUGGUUCGGACUCGCAUGAUGAACCAGCGGGUGCUGGCGGGCAACCCCCUAUACAAGGGCACCCUGGACGGGCUGAUGAAGACCUGGAGGAACGAGGGCUUCUUCGCCCUCUACAAGGGCUUCUGGCCAAACUGGCUCCGCCUUGGGCCCUGGAACAUCAUCUUCUUCAUCACCUUUGAGCAGCUGAAGAAGCUCCCUUUAUAACCAGGGGGUGGAAUGAGAAGCUUCGCCGGACCAGAGUGUGUGUGCGUGUGUGCGCACGUGCAUGUGUGCGUGCGUGUGUGUGUGCAUGUGUGCAUGUGCGCGUGCGUGUGUGCACGGGUGCGUCCGUGUGUCCGUGCAUGUGAGUGUGUGCGUGCGUACGUGCGUACGUGCUUGCGAGCGUGUUUGUGCACAUACGUGCGUGUAUAUGUGUGUUGGGAAGGUGGGGUACACAGAUUUGAGUCACCUCGAAUCGCUAGACCCCAGCUUCCUGUCCUCACACUUGCAUAGUCCCUCCAUUUCCUCCCUCAGACAGAACGCUUAAUUUCAUGCACAUUUAUUACGCUCUAUUUAUUUUUAAAUUAUUUAUUUUUUUGGUACAGCUUUUUUAAAAAGCAUAUUUAUUUUGUGCUCCAUCAACACUCCCCUCUUCGUUUGACGUUCAUAUCUACGAUGUAAAAUUUUAUUUAACGCAGACAGAGCGGAGCGAUGUUCGCUGUGGAUGCCGUUGUAGUUACUGCUUUGCAUCUUUAGAAUGCUGAAUGUGCUGAAGCGGAUGGCUUGGGUUAGGGUCUGAGAGGGACGCUGAGCUGUGAGUGAGUGGGGUAGCGGGGUCUGUUCAGGGAGCGCGUGUUGGAGUGGAUUUAAAAGCCUGUUUUGUUACUUUCCUUUUUGUUGUUUUGAGAUGUACUUCAUUAAACCACUCCUGCUGUUUUGACUGAAAUGCAGGCAUGUGCACACAUGCGCGCGCACACACACACACACACACAAACAAACAAACACUCAGAGUUCAGAUAAUCAUGGAACGCACAUUUAAUUGUAUGUAGCAAUGUGUCAUAAUUUUUUUGUGUUUUUGGUUUGGUCUUUGCAUUAGUGAGUAUGCAGAGGAGAGGAAAGGCAUGCAUUUGAUGGCGAGUUCAGCACUGGUUUGGUGCCAAAUGAAGCAUGUGAAAUAUUAAGAGGUCAUGAACCCAUGUGACCAAACAGGAACUGCACUGUUGCAUAUUUAUUGUUAUUUCUGAUGUGGUAUGUUACACAGGCCUGGCGGUGUCUGAGACGUACUGUUACUCAACAUUUCAAGCAGUCCUGGGACUGCUGUAGGUUCUGUUUUUAGGGAAGACGCACAACGCUAAAGCACUUCCUGUGGUUGUGAUAUUUUUGGACAGCCAGAGUCAUACUACUGAGUUAUUUUUUAUGUAGGGACUGUAAUUUCUGUUAGGUUUGCUUUUUUGCCCAAUGAUCCCAGAUAUGGCUGUUUAGCGAGCGGUAUUUCAUUUAAGUCAUUUUAUCUCCACGUCUCUGCCUUUGAGUUGCCUUCUACUUGCUGAACGGGCUGUUUUCUGAUGUGCAUGUGUAUUUCUACGUGUAUUUCUUGGUGUAUGUAAUGAAAUCCUGACAUGGAAAAUCAGUAAUGACACAAAGGGACACCUUGAUCCACGUGUUUUUAUUUGUACCGAUGUUCUCUGUAGGUUUCGUGUUUCUUUCAUGUUCUGGUCCAUAAACCGCAGUAAGUUUUACUUUUCACUUUUCAGCUUGGUGUUUUUAGCUUUUUCUGAAUUUCCUAAAAUCAAAACAAGGUGUACAAAUAUUUUUUACAGUGAAUUUUUGUAUGGAAUUUAAGCCCCCCACUGUAAGCCAAUGAUUAACUAUCAAUUGAAUAUUAAUUUAUUCUGUAUGAUUCAUCACAGCCCAUUUCUAGUAAAUCUGAAAUGAACUGAAUCUGAAUGUUCAAGUGCUGCAGAAAGACUCCUAGCGUCCUGAAGCCCAGACCUGACUCAGCCAUGCACUGCUGCCAAACCAGACCUAGCUCCAUGUUAAUGGAACUUGUGACGUUCUUGUUUGACUGCAGUACAUGGAUUCUCCAGCCCGUCUGAACCGAUUUUAAUUACUACAGUAGAACCUCAGGCGCCGGUUCACCUCGUGCGUACUGAUCAAACCGUUUGGCUUCCCCUCCAGUCAACUUGUAUGCGCACCUGGGGGAAAGUAAAGGGCAUGGUGUUAUCAAUGUGGCCACAAGGAGGCACUACUGCAAUUGAAAAUGACUAAGCUAUGAGCUUCUGUUGCUUUGGGAUCUUGAACACAGUAGAUCAGUCAUGCUUUACGGUCAACUGACAGCUUUAAACAUUACAUCCAUCAUAAUAUCGUAAUUUGAAAAUGCUGGACUGUUUUGUUAAUCACUGGAAACCAGAUUUCUGAGUCAUUUGCACUUUUGUCACGUGUCUGAACAUGUAUGUACAUUUAUGAUUUACUCGAAUCUUUUUUUUUUUUAACCAGAUAUUUUACUGUCUUUCAAGCGGUGGAAUCUUGCUUUUUUAAGUAAAAGUGCACCCUGAAAUAAAACAAAAUAUACUGA